UUCUAAUCCCAUUUAUAUUUUAUUGGGCCAGUUUAAUUCAUCACUUGGGCCGAGUUUUAUUUAAUUUUAAGCUCAGAAUAAUUCAUUCUAUUCUUGGGCUAAUUUUAAAUUAUGGACUGAAAUUUUAUUUAGUUGGGCUUUACAUGAUUUAUUUAUUUGAGCCCAACAGACCUUAUUUUAAUAUCGGCCUUAUUAUUUUAUUUCUUUGGGCCGAGGCUUAUUUAAUUGCAGCUGGGCCUUGCGUACUUAUUUAACUUAGCCCAGCUAUUCAUUAUUUAUUCAUUGGGCCAAGAUUUAUUUAAUUACUUAAGCCAAUGAAUUAUUUCGAUUGGGCUUUCGUACUAUUUAUUCAGGCCCACUUCUACUUAAUUAAUUAUCAGGCUGCCUUGUUGAGCCUCUUAAUUAUUGAGCUUAUAUUAUUGUUUCCUUAAGGCCAAAUAUUAUUUUGAGCUACCAUUAUUUAUUUGAGUUAAGCUACUCGUUUUAUUUAAUUAAUUGGCUACUCUCUUUUGAGCCUAUUAAUUAUUUGAGAUUAUAUUAGUAAUUAUGUUUCUAUCGAAAAGCCCGAUAGUUUCUACAAGGUCACACCUCGUUUAAAGCCGAGUUAGUCAUUUUUCAAUCAAGUACAAAUGCGAGAUUUAUUUCACAACUAGAAUAUUACGAUGAGGAAGGAAGAAGCACAACUUUAUUCGACCGCGUUAGACGAGAAUUAGUUAAAUCUAUUAACAAGGAUUAAUAGUAGAAUUCCCGAUUAUCGCUCAAAAGAUUAGAUCAUGCAUACCAGAUUCAUGCAUAGUUAAAUUACGCUUUCUCAUUAAUUAAGAAUUUUCCUCGAGGCAAUGUCUUAUUUUAUAUUCUCGUGAUUAAGGUCAAGCGCGAGAGUAAGAACUACACAAGGAGUUAGAGUACCUUAGCAAAACUUUGCUAUCAGGUUGAGUUGUGAUGGGCGAUGAAGUGUUGCUGAGUGGAGUUUUUGUUGAACUUAAAGUAGGCUCAGAAAGGAUACAUGUCUUCAUACAUGUAUCUCAGUUAUGCAUUCCGCUGUAAACACUGAUUAUUUCAGUUACACCUUCCGUUGCAAACUCUGAUAAUGUUUUAGCCAAGCCCCUAACGAUGCCUUUUUCCUUUUAAGGAAUAUAACGCUUAUACAAGUUCGUUGAGUACCCUUUUUAUGCGAACUAUGCCUUUUUCCUUUUUAAGGAAUAUUUCACGCAUAUUCAAGCUCUUUGAGUAUUCUUUUAUGCGCCCCUUUCUAAACCCGCUUCUUAAUUUCCCUUCCCCAGUCAUGGUUUUCCCGGAUUAAUUAUCCUUAAUUAAGGCCGGUCGUGACAGAGUGGUAUCAGAGCAGUUCGUUUGCUCUGAGCCUAAGAGUUUAUUUAAGCCAAACUUAGAAUGAAUCACUAAAGUGUCUAGAGUUCAAUCGACAAAGCUCAGCACUUCAUCGCAUCACACUCAACGAAGCAGAAUGGUAAGCUCUUCCAUGUUUUGAGUUAAUGUUUACAAAAAGUGAGAAUUAUCGUAAUAGCAAAGUGAGUAACUGUCAAUAGCUAUGUUAUGUUGUUGAAUGAAAUGAUUUACGCAAGCGCGAUUAAGUAUGCCUAUGGAAUGAAUCCCUAUGAACAUAGAGCUAUUAAGAUAUGAGAUCACCACUACGACAGAACAUAGAAGCAAACAUAGAAAAAAAAUUAGAUUGUAUCUUUUGGUGGCUAUAGUGAAGGAAGCAAGAUAAGUGAUACGUAUAGAAAAAUUUUCUUAAGCUGAUGAUAUUAUAGCCACUAUAAAUCUCCAUGACUUAUGCUUAAGUAUCCAGUUUAGAUGAUGUGAUAUUAUAUGCUUAAGGAUUGUUAUGACUCAUAGAUUUGAGAUGCUAAGGACCCUUAAAGCUUACUACAUCAAUGAUCAAUGAUGUCAUUGGAGUCAUGACUUGUUUACAAGUUAUAUUAAGUUGACAUUUACAAGAAUUCUUUUGAGGUUUGUAUUAGAUUAUGCUAGGGUGUACUAAUUGGCACAUCCUUGCUAUCAGAAUGCCACCUAAGAGAGGACGCCCUGCGAGAAACAAUAACAAUCGCAGAAACCGUAACGCUGUACCCGAAGAACCACAAGAUGCUCGAGGACAUAACCCAUGCCCUCCGCCCCCAACUAGGAGAGUCGAAGAACUCUUUUUAAGGCAGAACCCACCUACGUUUGACGGAACGAGUGAACCGGCUGAAGCUGAGAUUUGGGUGCGUGCAAUGGAACGUAUUUUCAACUUUCUACGUUGCACUGAUGAAGAGCGCCUAUCUUGCGUCUCUUUCCAGCUAACAGGAUCAGCUGACUUCUGGUGGGAAGCACGUCGAAAAAUUCUGACACCUGAACAAUGGGCAAGUUAUACUUGGAAAGAUUUUAAGACAGGAUUAUAUGAUAAAUAUAUUCCAAAAAGCUAUAGGAAAAAGAAAGAAGCUGAGUUCUACGAGUUGAAGCAAGGAAAGAAAUCUGUGGUUGAAUACGAUAAGGAAUUCUGCAACCUGUCGAGGUUUGCUCCACAACAAGUGGACACAGAGGAGAAGAUGGCAGAGAAAUUUUGUGCUGGACUGCGGUACGAAAUUAAGAUGGCUCUAGCAAGCCACGGAGGACUCUCAUACACGGAGUCUCUGAACAGGGCACUUGACAUUGAAGCUGCAAUGCCGUCAGACAAGUCAGCCCCACCAUUGAUCUCAACGCCAAACGAUCCACCAGGAGCCUCACAUACUCUCAAAGGGAAGCGCAAGUGGAACAACAACGAAGACAAUAUCAAUCAGACUAGUAAGAAAGUGUGGCAAGAAAAGGAACGGGCCGAACAGUUUAUUCAACCAAGGUACGAGGCACAGACUAAUCUCGAGCCAACUGGAGGUAACCAAGGUCAGAAAGGAUUUUCACCUUGCCCAAAUUGCGGUAAGAUGCAUAGGGGUAUCUGUCGGGCUGGAACUAACGGUUGUUACAAUUGUGGCCAAAAAGGUCACUACUCCACGCAAUGCCCCAACAGACAACGAGGUUCAACAAUUGAGAACAACCACACCUCUUUGCCAGCAAUACGCGGACACUUGCGAAAUCAGCCUCAAUCACAUCAGUAAAAAUCUUAUGGAGACACCGCAGACAAGAGAAGCUACGCGGGAACUUGAAGACAAGAUGAAGGAAAAAUAUCCCGAACUAUUUUAACAGAGAUAUGCAAAUUUCGGGACGAAAUUUUUGUUAAGAGGGGUAGUAUGUAGUAGCCCGCUCUUUUAAUUAUGAUUAAAACUAGUAAAUGCAAUUUUUAUAAAUGAAUCCAGUUUAUGCUGUUUGUGAUUAGUAUAGCACCAACAGGUUUUAAUGUGCUUUAUAUCGUAUGUACUUAUGUGAUAUAUUUAUGUGUAUGAACAUCAUGAAGAUUAUUGACUAUGAUAAAUCAUGUGUACGUCUAUUCAAUAUAUACAAUUAAGUGUCAUAAAUCAUAGUGAUGAUGUGUGUAUAUGUGUAAUAUAAUAACUCUACAUUAUUGAUGUGCUAAUAGAUAAAGCAAAAUCAAAGUUUAGAUAAGUUAUUUUUUUUCAUCUUUUGCUAAUGAUGUACACGUCUCUCUCCACCAACUCUUACUUUUUCCAACUCCACCACCCUUUGCUCCACCAACUAUCAGCCACCACUCCUACAUCAUUUGCUUUCCACCCAACAAAUGCAAUGCUUGGCUUCAAUGCUUUCUUCUUCUUUGAUUAAGUUCACCUGAAAUAAAACAAGAACCAUCGUUCAUUACAGUUAAUCUCCUAUUAAAACCAAUCUACUAUAGCAAACAGUACAGCAACUAAGCCAAAUAACUUCAAGGUGAGUUUUAUAUCUUUUAACUCUACCAUUUCUGCCAGAGUUUUCUUCAUUCGUGUAAGCAAAGGCACCUUCAAUUUAUUUCAGUUUCUAUCCACUGAUUCAAUCACACAGCAGCCACCCAAGCACAAGGAUCCACAGGUAAAUACUAAGCACUAUUAUUUCGAAUCCAGUACGCAUAUCAUCCAACAAGCAUGAAGUGAAUAGCAUAAUCAGUUCCAGAUGAUAUAAGACUCUCAUAAGCAUGAUAGACAUAACAGACGCGGGCUUUAUCAUGUAGAACACCAACCACUGUUGUGAACAAGUGACAGUUCAUAUGAAAUUUUAAACGAGCAUAAUUUGAGAUGUAAGCAAAACAAGAAAAUUACACCUUAUCUUUGCCUAUUUCACGUUAAGAACCGAUAGAAAAAGGAGCGAGAUUAUUUUUGACUUAGCUUUAGAAGGGAGCGGGCUGCUGCCCUGCUCUGAUUUGAGGAGACGACUCGACGACGGAGUUUCCAUCAACAUCGGAAUGGGAGAAUCGCCGCUGCAGCAAGUUUUCCCCUCAACUCGCCGAUUCUGGAUGGAAGCAGGGGCGGCAUACCUUCAUCAAAACCAGCAGCAGCGUGGCUGAACCGAAGGCGAGAACGACCAGCAGUGACUGAUUCGCCGGAUCCCGGAGCCGCGGCGGCGGACUCCUCGGCUGAGGACGGAUCGAGAGAAAGAGAUGGCUGCGGUGCGUGAGUUGAUGCGAAAGAGAGAGAAGAGGUGGAAGAAGCAGACGAUCCCUGGAUUCCGAGCGGCGGCUGCUCGCCGGCGGUUGGGACGGCCAGAGCAGCGGUAGACGAAGCCCUCGGCGGCCUGACGAGCAGCGGACGCCGCUGCGAGUGAAGCGGCACGGUGUAUCUCGCCGGCCUUCUAGUUGCAGUGGCGGCAGUCUUCGUUUCUCUGGAAGAACUAGGGCUUGGUUCUAGCCCCAUCAUCCGUGCGCUCUAGCGACUGAUCGAGACUCGAGAGGGAGAGCUGAGGUGGUGAUUUCUGAAUUGAGAGAAACUAGGGCACGAUUUUGGGGACUUUGCGCUGAGGAGAGAGAACGGCGGUGAGGUUGGAACGCCGGUCGGAGAAGAGGCGGCGGCUGAAGUCUCGACUGAUUUUGAGAGAGACCGCGAUUGAUUUUUGAAGAAGAGGGAGAGAAGUCUCGACUGGUUUGAGAGAGAAGGAGGAAUCGGCUCCUUGAGAAAGAGAGAAGCCGAGAAUUGAGAGAGAGAGAAAUAGUAUGGGUUGUGUUUUAUUUGGGCCAUUCCCUUAUGUGAUUUGGGCCGAAUGAUUUUAAAAAUUUGGGCUUUCUUUUA